AGGAUCCUUUCCUUCCUUCAAUUAGAGUGUUAGUGUUAGGAUCCUUUCCUUCCUCCAAUUUAGAGUGAUGGAGCGAAAUAUGCAUGUCCAAAAGAAGACGACAGAACUUACAGUUCGGGCUCACCUUGAGAGCCUCAUGAUCUCAUACAUGAAAUCCUACUCAGUCAAGGCUGCCAUCGAACUUGGCAUAGCCGACAUCAUCCACAGUGCUGGCGGGCCACUGACUGCUUCUCAAUUGGCAGCCAAGAUCCCGAUCAGCUCCACGGUUGAGGUCCCGUGCCUCGAUCGCCUGAUGCACUUGCUAGUGCACACCGGCGUGUUUGCCGAAGAGCUAAAACUGAGCGGCGAAGAAGAACAUGAAGUUUCUUAUGGAUUGACGCCGAUGUCUAGGCUGUUGGUAAGAGAUGACCCAUACUGUAUGUCACCGCUUGCCAUGCUAAGCCUCCAUCCGAUGGCAGUCUCUGCCUGGGACAACUUGGCCGCUUGGUUCCGAUCUGGGGAGGGUCACCCCACAGUCUUUGAGGCUAAGCAUGGGGAACCAUUCUGGAAGGAGGUGAGCCUUGAUCCUGCAAUGAACAAGGUGUUCAAUGACGCCAUGUCCAGUACUUCCAAACAGUUUAUAAGUAGGAUGGUUGAAGGGUGCAGCGAAGUUUUUGAGGGCAUGAGCUCGCUUGUGGAUGUCGGGGGUGGGAAUGGGACCGUCGCUGGGCUCAUAGCCGAUGCCUUCCCACACAUCAAGUGCAUGGUGUUGGACCAACCCCAUGUCGUGGCUGCAUCGUCACCACCUCCUAAUGUUGUCGCCAUUGGUGGUGAUAUGUUUGAGUCGAUACCACCAGCUGAUGCUGUCUUUCUCAAGAGGAUUCUCCAUGACUGGGAUGAGGAAGAGUGCCUGAAGAUACUGAGACGGUGCAAGGAGGCCAUCCCCAAACCAGGAGGGAAGGUCAUCGUUGCAGACAUAGUGAGGAAGAAAUGGGAUGAUCAGGUGUUUAACGAAGUACAACUGAUGCUGGAUCUCCAUAUGAUGGUACUGCACAAUGGCAAGGAACGCAACGAAGAGGAAUGGAAGAAGUUGUUUAUGGAUGCUGGCUUUUCCAGCUACAAAAUUGUUACUACCAUGGGCGUGCACUCCCUUAUAGAGCUCUGCCCUUAGUUGAGAUCUUCAUCUUUUGAAUAAUGACCCAUUUUCGCUACAAUGUCUUUUUAUUGGGAUGUUUUGAA